AUGGCCCUCCUGUCGUUCCCUCUUCGCGGUACUGUGCGACGGACUCCCGACGACCACUCCGACGACAACGGGGCGCCACCCAUGAAGAGACAGCGCCUUCAACAAGAGGUUGGUCGUCGCCGUCGCCAGAGCUCCCCUGACUGCCUAGAUACGACCACCCCCGACCGCAAAUCUCCCCACAUCAAAGUCGGACCCAAUCUUUCCCUGAAGGUCGCGCGCCCGUGGACCGCCACACGUCGCGCCCGCCGCAUGUCCAACUCAUCGGCCGAGAGCAUUGCCUCAUCUUCCCAUUUCCACACCGCAGGAAAUCCUCGAGUAAACGGCAAUGGCAUCGCCAAGACCCCGCGUGCGCUCGGCGACCGAGAUGGGCCCUCUGGCGGCAUCUCCCUCUUGCUCCCGGAUGGGCGCGAGUCGCCGGAUCCAUUGGACACUAUCUCACCCCUCCCGGUCAAUAAACCCACCAGGUCGGUCCCCAGACCUUCUAGUGCUAUACGAGAUUUGGAAGCAGAGCCUGUGGCUUCGCCUACUGCAACUCGUGCCACCCGACGGAAUAAUCUCGAGCCGAACGCGGGGGAGCCGGUUAAUGCCACGAAGAGCAAGGACGCGUCACAAACAACGAGGAAUACUGCAGACCCGGGGCUCCAACCGAAGCAGCAAAGUGAGCUCGGAGUUGAACAAACGCAAGACGCGUCGGCGCGCACAGGGACAGAAAGACGCUCGUUGCGCUCUACCGACACGGGCUCUCGCUCCAAAAGUGAACUCGCUCAAUACUUUUACAAUUAUGAGCAGAUAAUUAGCCUCGAUGACCCAAAGCCUGAGUCACUUGCUGCCAGUACAACUAUUGCUUUGGUGCACGAUCUCCCCGAACCUUUACCCUCGCCUUCGACCCCGAAUCCCUCACCAUUCGGGAACCCACUACAAAACCUGCACCGUUGCAAAGUAAUCGAUCUUCCAAAUUCUGCGUUGCGCGCGCCUGCAGUGGACCCCUUGAAUGAAGAACUAUACUUCCGUGCACAUCGCAAGUUCGAACGACAGGAGAAACAAUUGCGAAACAUCGAGAGAGAUCGUGCCCAGCAUGAACAACAACAACUUGAUCGACUGCUGGAAGAUCUCCGUGGUCAAGAUUGGCUGCGUGUGAUGGGAUUGACGGGUGUCCACGAGAAUGAGAAGAAUCUAUAUGAACCAAAGCGCCAGAUUCUCAUCCAGGAACUUGUUGCGCUAGUCAACAAAUUUCAAACAUGGAAGGACGUGGAAAAACGACGGAAGAUGUCAAAAGAUAAGCCAUUGUUGCUUGCUGAAGAAACAGUGUCUCAACCACGUGCCCGCCCACGAUCACAAAAACAACCACUCGGCCCCGAGGAACUCAGCGAGGAAGGCUCGCCAUUAACGGACACGCCUAGUACUCCGCCAGAUCCCCAUGAUGUGGAUGCACUGGCUGCUCGGCAACUACACCAAGAAGCGCGCUCAGCCUCAGUAGCCAAGCACCGCAAAUCCCUCUCUGAAAAUCGCAAACUGAGUACCAAGUCUGGGGAUGACCAUACCAAACCCACCAGCAAAAGCAAAGACACAACAAACACCUCCACGAGCACAAAAGAUCCCGUCAAGCGUCAGAAAACUCUCCUCGACAUGAAUUUUAUACCCUCCGCACCCGCCCCAACUCUUCCUCCACCACCUCCACCACCCCACGACAAGCCUUUCACAUCCUUCUUCGAACACCGGAGUAUCCGCGACGCUGCCGUUGCGAUGAUAGAUGGCACACCGCGCAAUAUUCCCCAGACGAUUCUCGCAUUCGGGCACCCAAUCCCAGAAGCCGGGGAGCAAGAUUUCCAACCACCGCCCGAAAUCUUGACGGAGGAAGCCAUAUACUCGUCACGGCGGCAGAUGCGGCGGCUGAAACGGCAAAGUCGCGGUGGAUGA